UUAAUAACAAACUUCUGUGCCGUUCAACAUGGUUUUUGUGUCUUUUUUUUCCAAAGCCGCACUCACGACCAACUCGAAGAAAGUUGUCGGAACAACAGUGGUCCGUGCGCUUUGUAAGUCCGGUGGGAUCAAUGAYGGAYCAUUUUGUAGAUUAUGCGAUCUGUUAUGGCUCUAGCUAUGGGAGAUAAAUUUGAUCGUUGCGGGUUGCUCCCUUUCAUUCAUGCUUCUAUCUGCUUCGAGUCAUCGCUUCAAUUACUUGAGGCAUGUGUCGUCGAUCGCAAAUUCAUCUCUGUGGAUGUUUAUUGCACACCACGAACAAACGGAAGCAGCAGCAAUUCUUACUCCUAAUUGACUAUUCCAAUUUACUUUAUUCUUUUAUUUGUUUUGUUUGCCAUGCAAUGCWCGGGCGAUAUGCCACCUAGCUUCGGUUGCUCCGGCAUGGGAAGGAGGAGUUCCCGACAGCGUGAAGCGUGUAGGCAAGACCUCAGCCUUCCCCAAUGAAUACCCCGGAAUGAGUUACGAAUUCAACUGGGCUCUGAAUGGAGAUGGAGUCACCCCUCUUAAACGAUCCGCGUUCCGAAUCAACAAACCAUUGGAUCUCAAGGUAGCCGGUCUGGCCCUUCCGAAGACAAAUCCGCUAAAGGUAAAGGGCAAGGCCAUCGCCGAAGCUGGAACCGAAGCCUUGUCGUUUGAAAGCUUUGACCAAUUUUGUCAGGAGGCGAGAGAUCAAUUGUCGCUGUCGGACAAUUUGUUUUGCCCAGAGGGUCACGUCCCCGGAACACAUGCCGGUGUCCGCGUUAUUUCGAAUUCAAGUGCCCUGGCCCCGAGUCUAUUGGCCUACCUGGAUCGAUGUCCAAAAAAGUCUCCACCGGAUUCCAUGCCUAUCACCUGUUUUGUUUUGGAGGGGCACGCCGAAGAAUUCUCUGGUUACUCGAUUGAAGAGAUCGAGGUGCCAAUAGCACCAGAAGACGGUGUCAGUGUGUUUGAUCUUGGAUAUCAGCCCAAAGAAGCAAAGUCGGUAGCAACCGUUGUUGUUGUUGGGAAGAAACCCGAACUGGCCAAAGUUGUUGCUGSCAUAGAAGCUAGUCAGAAGGCGCUCGCCGAAGACGAAAUCGAGCGUGCGAAAUCGAGCGAAGAGAAAGCCGAAUAGAUAGCAACUUCAUUAUUUGUUUUCUGCGAAUGAGCAACUCUAGUGUUUUUACCUAGUAGAUGUGUAUGGUAAGAUGAUGGCAAGUUUUCAUACCCUGCAAUGGAAGCAGAUUUUUAUAAAUCUAAUAUCAACUUCCCUUCCUCAGAAGUAGGGUUGAUUUUAUUGGUUUUUAUUGACACUGAAGCAACUCUCGCUCAAGUGGCAGACUUCACCUCGAGAGAAAUAAACCGAAGAUGCAGUUUGCGGAAUAAUUGUAUCCAGAAAUC